AUGAUGGCCCCACUUGAGACCGGAACAGCACAACAUCUUGCUCUGUGGGAGAAGGCCAAGAACUGGGCAGCCAAGUUCCGUCCCCAACAUCUACUUCGCUAUGAUGUUCUUCCCUUGAUCAGGGCCACCGCCUUGAAAACUUUGGAGUAUGUGAUGCCCCUUUCCACACUGGGCCGCUCCGACUGGGUGUCCAUCAUGUCCCCGAUCCUCCAAGCGAGUUUGCACAAAGCUGGGAUUUGCCGUUCCUUUCCCCGCGUCGUGGUCUUUGCCCCUCUGAAAUACCAGGGAUUGGGUAUCUCACAUCCCUUUGCCCUUCAAGUCUUCCACCAUCUCAGUGUUCUGAUGCGCCAUUCGGCCAACCGUACCAAGACCGGCCAGUACCUGGAGGCCAACUUCCAGUCCCACCAACUCAAAACGGGCACUUCCUUUCCCCUUCUUCAACAAGAACCCACCAACACCGGGAUCCUCGCCUCCGAAACAUGGCUAAAACGGGUUUGGAUCGACCUCGACUCACUGGGCAUCAGAGUUGAGAUCUCCUCCCCCCCCUUGUCCCUCCACUGUGCCGACGAUCGUCUCUUGAUGGACAUCUUCGUCGAUGCCUUGGUCGAUCAAGGGGAAUUGUUGUGGCUCAACUGGUGCCGCCAAUACCUCCAAGUCACCACCCUCUCGGAACUCACCACCGCCGACGGUCGUUCCCUGACGGCAGCUUCUCUUGCUGGCCAACCCUCUGGACACUUUGUGACCAGCUACAAUUGGCCUCGUGCCCGACGCCCUGGCCCCUCUCAUUGGGACCUAUGGCGACGCGUCCUCUCCCAAGCCGUUAUCCGCCCCUACAGCCGCCGUCGCCGCUUGUUGCAGCCCCUUGGACCGUGGUCUGAUUCUCUGGACCGCUGGACCUGGCUCCUCUCUCGCACGUCUUCGAUCCUCUUCCAUCGAACGGCCUCCAACCUGUCUAUCUACCGACCCAUCAACUCCCGUUCUCAUCGGACCUUCCGACGGGAUCUUCAUCAUAACUGGACGGGGCCCCUUCCUGGGGAUGUCCAAAGGGCAUCCGUCGACCUCCACCCACGGACAGCCUAUGUCACUGUCACAGGCACAGCCCCGGUCGAUCCACCAGAUCCGGAGACGCUUCCAUCCUCGAUCCUUCACAUCUGGCGGGAAUUGGCAGCUGACAUGGCCGACGAGUGGGGCUGGGUCCCGGAAUACAUCUACAUUGAGGGUGAUGAACAAGUCCUACUGGAGGCACUGGAGAAGGGAAAGCUAUGGGUGAGCAGCGAUGGCUCCUUCAAGCAACAAGUGGGCACCGCCGCAGUCCAGCUACGAACUAGACGCGGAGGGCACGUCGUCUGGAUCAAGUGCCGUGCACCUGGCAAACGAGAGGAUCAGAGUGCCUACCGGAGCGAACUUAUUGGUCUGUUAGCUGGUAUCUUGGUGGCUUCUUGGCUCCGCCUACGCCUACAGUCCCUUGCCAAGCCACGAGUCCGUGUGGCGUGUGAUGGGAUUGCUGCGCUUCGCCAGGCCUUCUCUACUUGGCCAUUGUCUCCUACCGCCCCACACUUUGAUCUCUUGUCCUCCAUCCGCGAGGCUCUCCGAGUUUCCAACAUCUCCUGGGCCGAACAACACGUGGGUGGCCACGCUGACCAAACCAAGACAUGGCAUCAGAUGUCCUGGUGGCAACGACGGAACUCCGAGGUGGAUGACAUUGCCCAAGGCUACGCCGACGAGCUGAUCGCCACCAACGACACGAUUGCCAGAAACCCCAAGUUCUUCUGCGAACCCUGUGCAAUCUACAUUGACAAUGAGAAAGUCUCCUGCCUGGCCUUGGCAUCGGUCGACGAGGCCGUUGUCCUGCCGGAAUUGAUGGAAUAUUGGGCAGCCAAAGGCCGCCUCGCUCCCGAACACUUCCGAUUGGUGGACUGGCCGAUAGUCCACCGCGCGAUGAAGUCUCUGAAGCCCGCCGAACAGCGCUUCAUUACAAAAAACAAAGUUGGCAUGUGCGGUGUCGGCAAGUUCCGUAAACGGCGGGGCCUCGACUCCAAGAACCGAUGCCCCUUGUGCGGACUGGAGGAGGACCACCUACAUGUCCCCCGCUGCCCUUCCAGCCGGGCCAAGACCCAGUGGCAGCUCCUCCUCCAAGAACUCCAAGAAUGGUUCCAGUCCACCACCACUGCUACACCCAUCGCCCAAUUCCUUGGGGCCCUUCUUCGCACCAUCCACAACCCUAGCAACCAGCCUCAACCAGAGACUCCGUCACCCAAGUCUGUGAGGCCCAACUCCGCCUCGGCCCCCAAUGCCUCCUCGAAGGCCUUCUCGCCCACGGCUGGGCCGACCUCCAGGAACAAUUCUACCGCUCUCGCGGUAGUCGCCGAUCCGGUAAUCGCUGGGCUGCCAAUCUAUCUCAACAGCUCAUCCUUAUCGGUAAAGGCAUGUGGAAGCAUCGCAAUGAUGUCUUUCAUUCUGACGACAACAUCGUCAACCAACAGCGUGCAACUGCUCUCAAUCGACGCAUACAUGACGAGUUUGACAUGGGUCCUCGCGACCUGCCUCGGAACCUUCGCCCUGCCAUCCGUCGAUCCCGCCUUGUGGCAGUCCUCUGACUCCAACUGGCGGAUAAGGAGGAAUGGGUCCUCGUCAUCUCCGAAGCCCGCCGCAAAAUCAGACGAUCCCUUGCAGGCAGGCGACGAUUGA